UCUCAAAAUCUAUCAGUCUCAAACAUGCCAUCUGUACAGGAGUUGAUGUUACUUUGUCUCAUCAGAAAUCGCAGACAAAGGCGCAAAAAGUGUAAGCGGCGGUGGCAUGUGAGACCGCUCAAUGAGAACCGUCACAUUAACGGCGAGUUUGUUUCUUUAGAUUUGCCGAUGAGAGAGCUAGACGACGAAAGGCACUUCCAAUACUUUAGGAUGUCUGCCGUUACUUUUGAUAGAUUGCUCGGCCUGGUAGCCCCGAGGACACACCAUGCUGCGUCCCACAGAGUGCCCGUGAGCGAUGCUGAGCGUCUGGCGGUCACACUCCGUUUUCUGGCAGCAGGGAUCAGCCAGCAAGCCCUGGCAGCCAGCUACAAAUUGGGCAAUGUAACGGUCAGCAAUAUCUAUAAGGAGGUAUGUCAGGCUCUGUGGGCUGGGCUGAAGGAAGAGGUUCAGUUUCCGCAAGUCGCGCAAUGGGGGGCUAUCAGCGAUGACUUCUGGACGAAGUGGGAUUACCCCAAUUGUAUUGGAGCAAUUGAUGGCAAGCACGUCCGCGUCAAUGUGCCAGCCAACAGUGGCAGUACCUUUUUCAACUAUAAAGGUUAUUUUAGCUUUAUUUUGAUGGCUGUCUGUGAUGCCAAUUACCGCUUCACCUUCAUCGACAUCGGAGCCUUCGGAAGGGAAAGUGAUGCUGGGGUCUUUGUUCGGACGGAGUUUGGAGCGCAGCUCAUUCAGGGACAACUCCCUCUGCCGCCACACGCGCCUCGGCCUGGGACAGAUGUGCUGACACCGCCUGUUUUUGUUGCGGAUGAGGCCUUCCCCCAGAAGGUCAACAUCAUGCGCCCAUACCCAGGAUCUCAACAACUGUCUCAGGACCAGAAGGUGUACAAUUACCGGCACUCAAGGGCAAGGCGGGUCAUUGAAAAUGCCUUUGGCAUCCUUGCUGCCAGGUGGCGAAUACUGGGAAGGGCUAUGGAGUGUUCCAUUGACACAGCUGAGGAUGUCACGAAGGCUUGUGUGGCUCUCCACAACUUUUUAUCAAAAGGAGACCAAUCCCUGCCUGAACAAAACCGCUACAUACCCCCAGGAAUGGUCGACAGGGAUGGUGCACCUGGAAAAUGGCGACAGGUGGUCCAGGGAGACACCAACCUUAUUCGCACCCGACGCAUCACAGCCGCAAGAGCCACCCAGGAUGGCAUGGCUGUCAGGGAACUCUUCAAAGAGUACUUUCAGACAUAG